AUGGAACACUCACAAACUCAUUCUAGCCUGAUUUUGUUCAGAUUUUUCCUUUUUUUAUGGUGGACCACAUGUCUGCAAUCUGCAACACUAUCCACUUCUGGAAAUGAAUCUGAUCGCCUGGCAUUGCUAGACUUCAAGAAAAGAAUAACUCAAGAUCCUCUCCGUAUCAUGAGCUCAUGGAACGAUUCCAUUGAUCUCUGCAGUUGGCUAGGCGUUACGUGCAACCCUGCAACGAAAAGGGUCAUGGUUUUGAACCUGGAAGCUCAAAAAUUGGUAGGCUCCUUAUCUCCUUCUUUGGGAAAUCUUACUUAUCUUACUGGAAUCAACCUGAUGAACAACAGCUUUCAUGGUGAAAUUCCUCAACAAAUCGGUCGCCUACUGAGCCUGCAACAUCUCAACCUGUCUUUCAAUUCCUUUGGUGGGAAAAUUCCAUCUAAUAUAUCUCACUGUAUGCAACUAAGCGUACUCGCUCUUAGUUCCAAUAAGCUUUUUGGGUCAAUUCCUAACCAACUCAGUUCAUUGUUGAAUUUAGUUGGUCUAGGUCUUGGUAUUAACAAUCUCACCGGAACUAUCCCACAUUGGCUAGGAAACUUUUCAUCUUUGGAAAAUUUUGUGCUUGCUGUCAACAAUUUUCAAGGAAGCAUACCCAGUGAACUUGGGCGUCUAACAAACUUGAGAAGAUUUAUACUCUGGGAUAAUAAUCUGUCUGGUAUGAUCCCUCCUUCACUCUAUAAUAUUUCAUCCAUAUUCUACUUCACCGUUGCUAAAAACCAGCUGCAUGGAGAGCUACCACCUAAUGUGGGAAUUACUCUUCCUAAUCUUGAAGUAUUUGCCGGUGGGGUCAACAAGUUCACCGGAACUGUUCCUCUGUCAUUGUCCAAUGCUUCGAGACUUCAAGUGCUUGAUUUUCCAGAAAAUGGUCUCACCGGGCCAAUCCCCGCUGAAAAUCUUGCAACUUUGCAGAGCUUAGUUAGACUCAACUUUGAUCAAAAUAGACUAGGAAGUGGGAAAACUGGUGACCUGAAUUUUCUCAGUUUCCUAGCUAAUUGUACUAGUCUUGAGGUGUUGGGUCUUAGGGGUAAUCAUUUUGGAGGAGAAUUGCCAGCAUCAAUCGCCAACCUUUUACCCAACUAA